AUUAGUCACGUGACACUUGCACAUUGAACAAAAUUGCACAGUUUCUAAAAAUUUGAGCAAAAAGGCCGGAAAAGUUUUAUGGUAGAAGUGUUGUGUGCAUGUUAUUUAAAUUUUUUAUUGCUCAAAAAUGGAUUCACGAAAACUAAUCGAUUUAUUAAAGGCAACAAUAGAUCCAAACCAACGGCAACAAGCCGAAGAACAGCUAAGUCAGAUACAUAAAAUAAUUGGUUUUGCUCCAACAUUAUUACAUGUUGUCAUGAUGAACGAUUUGGAUAUGCCUAUACGACAGGCGGCUGUUAUAUAUUUGAAAAAUUUAGUUACGCAAAAUUGGAAUGAACGAGAGCCAGAUAUAGCAGGCCAACCAAUUCCAUUUAGUAUACACGAACAAGAUCGUUCAACAGUCCGAGAUUCUAUUGUAGAAGCUGUAAUACAUGCGCCAGAAUUAAUACGUGUACAAUUAGCCGUAUGUGUAACAACAAUUGUUAAAAAUGAUUUCCCUGAACGAUGGACACAAAUUGUUGAUAAAAUCAGUAUAUUUUUACAAAAUCCAGAUCCAAAUUUAUGGCCAGGUGCCCUAUUAUGUUUAUUCCAUUUGGUGAAAAAUUUUGAAUUUAAAAAGGCCAAUGAACGUGCCCCAUUAAAUGAGGCAAUGAAUUUAUUAUUACCAAUGAUACAUCAAUUAUGUGUCCGAUUAUUACCAGAUGAAUCAGAAAGUUCUGUUUUAUUACAAAAACAAAUAUUGAAAAUAUUUUUUGCAUUAACACAAUACACAUUACCGUUAGAUUUAAUAAAUAAGGAAACAUUUUCACAAUGGAUGGAAAUUGCUCGAUGCAUCGCAGAUCGUCCUGUACCCGAAGCAUGUAAUCAAGUGGAUGAAGAUGAAUUACCACACUUGCCAUGGUGGAAAUGUAAAAAAUGGGCAUUACAUAUACUUUAUCGAAUGUACGAACGUUAUGGAUCACCUGGUAAUGUUGUUAAAGAGUAUCAAGAAUUUGCUGAAUGGUAUUUACAAACGUUCUCUGUUGGUAUAUUAACGGUUUUAUUGAAAAUUUUGGAUCAAUAUCGGAAUAAAAUAUACGUGGCACCACGAGUUUUACAGCAAACUUUAAAUUAUAUUAAUCAAGGAAUUUGCCAUUCAUUAACAUGGAAAUUUUUGAAACCACACAUGUUCGCUAUUAUUCGAGAUGUAAUAUUUCCAUUAAUGUCGUACUCAGCUGAAGAUGAAGAAUUAUGGAACACCGAUCCACAUGAAUAUAUUCGUGUGAAAUUUGAUAUAUUCGAAGAUUUUAUUUCACCAAUAACAGCGGCAUCGACAUUACUUGUAUCAUGUUGUCGUAAACGUAAAGAUAUGUUGCAAAAGAGUAUGCAAUUAGCUAUGGAAGUACUAUCAGCUGGUAAUGCAGCAACUCCACGCCAAAAAGAUGGUGCUUUACAUAUUGUGGGUUCAUUAGCUGAACGUUUACAAGCCAAACCCGAAUAUCGACAACAGCUAGAUGGUUUAAUUGCACAAUAUGUAUUCCCUGAAUUCGCAAGUCCGUAUGGACAUAUGCGCGCUCGAGCAUGUUGGACUUUACAGUUCUUUAAAUUAAAUCAAGAUGCGAACUUAGCUGAAGCUGUACGAUUAGCAACAAAUGCUUUGCUAACAGAUCCUGAACUUCCUGUUAAAGUUGAAGCAGCAAUUGCGUUGCAAAGUAUGUUAAAAGAUCAACAAGAUCGUGUACAAAAACACUUAGAACCCCAAGUGAAACAAGUGACUUUAGAGUUAUUGCAAAUAAUUCGUGAAACUGAAAAUGAUGAUUUAACAAACGUUAUGCAAAAAAUUGUUGGUAUUUAUAAAGAUCAAUUAUGUCCAAUUGCUAUUGAAAUUUGUACACAUUUAGCACAAACUUUCAGCCAAUUGCUAGAAUCUGAUGAAAGUACAGAUGAGAAAGCAAUUACGGCUAUGGGUUUAUUAAACACGAUCGAAACAUUAGCAAUUGCAUUUGGACAAGAAAACGAAAUAUUAAAUGGACUCGAACCAAUUUUAUUACAAGUAAUCUGUCAUAUUUUACAAAAUUCUGUUAUUGAAUUCUACGAAGAAGCGCUAAAUCUUAUUUUUGAAAUGACAAGUUGGCGUAUAUCAGCUGAUAUGUGGAAAUGUUUAGAUGUUGUUUUUGAAGUAUUCCAAAAAGAUGGGUUUGAUUAUUUCACUGAUAUGAUGCCAGCAUUACACAAUUAUGUGACAACUGAUACAGAUGCUUUGUUAACGGGACCAGAUGCUGAAAGACGUGUGCUUGGCCUAUUUAAUAUGUGCCGUACUAUAUUAAACGGUGACCCAUCAGAAGAAGCGGAAUGUCAUGCUGCUAAGUUAUUGGAAGUAAUGAUUUUACAAUGUGGUACACGAAUUUCAAAUUGUAUACCAUCAUUUUUGGAAUUAGUUUUGGGUAGAUUAACUCGUGAAGUGAAAACAUCUGAACUUAGGACUAUGUGCUUACAAGUGGUUAUAGCAGCUAUUUAUAUUGAGCCCACAUUAACACUGCAAGUACUAGAAAAAUUACCAAUACCAAAUAAUCCAGGUGAAUCAAUCACAGCACAUUUCUUGAAGCAAUGGCUACAUGAUACGGAUUGUUUCUUAGGAAUUCACAAUAGAAAGAUUUGCGUGUUGGGACUAUGUAGAUUAUUAGCAUUGCCAGUCGAACAACGACCUGCAGCUUUAGCAGAUUUAGCACCAAAAAUAUUACCAUCAUUAGUACUAUUAUUUGAUGGAUUACAACGUGCAUAUGCUGCACGAGCACGAGAAUUAGACGAAGAAUCAUCUGAUGAAGAUGAUGAUGAUGAAUAUGAAGACGUACUAUCAUCAGAUGAAGAUGAAUUAGAUGAACGAAGUCAAGAAUAUUUGGAAAGAUUAAGUGAUAAAAUCAACAGAGCAGGUAACAAGAUGAAUCUACCAAUUACUGCAACUAUUAUAAAUGAAUCUUCAGGUGGUGGUGGUGGAGGAGGUGACACUGAAUCUGAAGACGAUGAUGAAGAUUAUGACAAUUUAGAUGAACUAGGUGAUGAUGAUACAAUGAUGGAAGGCUAUACUACACCAUUAGAUGAUGAAAAUUGUGUUGUGGACGAGUAUGUUGUCUUUAAAGACAUAUUAGCUAAUAUGCAAGUACAAGAACCACAAUGGUAUAGUAUAUUAGCGUCACAUUUGAAUGAAUUGGAAAGUAAAUUAUUACAAGAAGCCUUAGUAAGAGCAGAUCAACGUAGAGCCGCUAUUGAAAGUAAACGUAUCGAACAAAGUGGCGGUUAUAAUUUCACACCACAGGCAGUGCCUACGUCUUUUAAAUUUGGUGGUACACCAAUUGGGCAGUAGUAAUAGUGUGUAAAGAGAAGAGAGGGCGUUUAAUUAUCAAUAUUUAUAUAUUUUAAAAAUUUAUAUAUUUGAUUAAUAACGCCCUUUAAAUUAGUUUAAA